AUGGCUGAGCUCCCAUUGAACGUGCACCUCACCUCGCACCCCAUGUACCUGAGUCUCCGUGGGCCCUCGGUGUAUGAGGACGAGAAGCAGCGCACAUGGCUGUAUCUUGUCAUGGACAUAGGAGGUGACCUGCAAGUACAGUUGUGCCAGGUCGACUACCCCAGUGAGCAUAUAGGACUCACCACCAGCCCAAGCACCAUGCCUUCGAUGUGGAUGCUCCACACUGGCAACCAGUACCUGGACUCCAUGGGCCGGUUCUGGCGCAUCGUGCACCAUGUCAUGGAGGACGACGUGGAGGAAAUGAUCCUUGAGCUGAUGGACGACUCGUAG